UGCCAGCACCUGUUACUGCCACAGCUGGAGAAAAAGUUGACACGCAAGAAGCUGUACAAAUGGACCAAAAACAUGGACGACCAUUCUGAAGUCCUGGUCCACCUGCCCAGGUUCAAGCUAGAGGGAGACUACAAGCUGAACGAGCCCCUCGCCAAACUGGGCAUGACAGAUGUGUUCAGUGCAAAGGCUGAUCUAUCGGGCAUGAAUGGAGAGGGAGGACUGUUCCUGUCUACGGUGGCCCAUAAGGCCUGUGUGGAGGUGAACGAGGAGGGAACAGAGGCGGCUGCAGCCACAGCGAGCAUGGCAAUGUUCUGCAUGUCUAGGAGGGAGGAACACUUCAGGGCUGACCACCCCUUCCUCUUCUUCAUCAGGCACAAUAAGACCAAGUCCAUCCUCUUCCUCGGCAGGUUGUCAUCUCCUCAGUAGACACAAAGAUGUUGCAAUGCAUGCAAUUCAAAUA